CGGCUUCUGUACGAGUGGGGUGUUAUCAAAUUUUUGUACCCGAAAAUAAUAACGUAAAGGACAUUUUUCCAAAAUCAAAAAAUAUUGAAAUGACAAUAUUAUAAAAUAGUUGUUCUCUGUGUUUACUUCAGUGUUAAGAUACAUGUGUGUAUUAAAAAUAUAAUUUGGUAAUCAAAAUGUGCAUUCUUAAAAUGACAGUGUCUUGUAUUUAUGUUAGUAUAUCAGUUAAAUUCGGAUCAUGACAGAAUGUUUAUGUUAUGAUUCGCUAAGAGUUUGAAGAAGUACUUUCUUGAGAAAAGUGUUUUUUUGUUCGUUGUUGUGGACAUAUGGUUUGACACAGAUAAGGGAGAUUGCAAAUGGUGUAAUUAGUGACUUAAUUAUAAACAAACCAAAGUCAACCAAAUAAAGCUCUAACAGCAACCAAAGAAUAUGUGAAUCAUAAAACUAAUUUUCAUUAAACUAUCAUAUCAUUAAAUCUAGUGACAAUCUCAUGAAUUUAACCAGUUUAAAAACUUCAAUUAAUAUUUUUUAUAAUAUUUAUUUUUAAAACAAUGCAAGUAACUAGUUUCUGAUUAAAAUUUCAGUGCCAUUAAUUUCGCCAUAUUUUAUUCAAAUAGUGUGAACAAAGUCAUUAAUUCUAAAAACUUACUUAAAUAGACACUCGGAUAAUUCCAGUGUUUGUCUGUGAUUUGAUAAAAUUCACUUUAUAUUAUAUAUUCCACUUAUAUUUUAUAACAGGUAAACGAGUCAGAUAACCAACGAUAUACAUAAAAAUAUAAUAUAUUUUAUCUUAUCAUAUGUAACUUAUGUGUGUGUAUGAUAAAAUGAUAACAGAACAUUGUACGUUCUUUCCUCACAAAACGAAAUGCAAUCAGUUCGAAUAUAGUCACCUAGUCAAGUGUUGAAUGUAAUAUAGAGGUGGAUUUGCUCAGAAAGGAAAAUUUACGGAAUAUAUUUGAAAGCUUUUUAUAACGCGUUUAUAAAGUGUGCUUUGAUAUAUUACACAUUAAUCAGGACUACAGUGGACUAAAUUAAAGUGGUCAAAACAAGUGAAAAUAGUUGUGCAGUGUCAGAAAACAAAGAAGGGAUAAGUCAUCCCAAAGUGCGAUUAUCUCUUUAAUUUAAUUUUUUUUAUUAUUUGUUAUUUUAAUAAAGUAAAGCCAAAAUAGUGGUCCAGUGUGAAAUUACAUCAAACUCGUGUGCGCGAUUUGUGCAAUGUGGUCAUUGACAAACGCGCCAUCGUUGCUCCAAGGCUUAGACCGCACAGACACCAGGGCCCUGACCCUUGGCCUGGAAAAUUCACCAUUCUUCUUUCUUCAGAAGAAGCAGCAAAAGUUUGCAGUUCUUCAGAAAGGAAGGGCUAUGCUGCAUUCGCUCGAUGCCUUGGCCGGCAAAAUAUCGCCGGGAUCUCAAACUAAUACUGAUCGAAAUGCGAACAAGCUGAGUCACCUCAAUCACAAUAGCCAUUCGGUGCAUCCGUAUAGCAAAUCCGGAACGAAGCAUGAUAAUGGCUCUUCUGUCGGAAUGAACAAUAAUGCUGUGCAGCAACAACAGCAAUUGUCCCAACAACCAAAAAUCCAGAGCAGCCCGCAGCAGAAUCAAACGCAGCAGCAGCAACAACAACAUGCGCGACAAAAAUCACCGCUGCUGCUCAAAAGGGAAAACUCAAACCAAGAGAUGCCGAUGCAGCAGGACUCCAUCCCGUCGCCUACGUCAAAUCUUAAAGUCGAGUCUGCUGUGAGUUCACCCAAUUCGAAUUCACAACAAGGGUCUACAAACAACACAUCCUUAAACAACAAUACGAUAAAUAAUAACAGUGGAAUCCAAGAGGGUACUGUCGGAGAGCAACCAGAUCCCGACUUCAUCAAAAUGUUCGUCGGACAGGUGCCUAGGUCUAUGGAUGAGAAUGAUCUGCGCACAAUGUUCGAGGAAUUCGGCAGAGUACAUCAGAUCAAUGUACUACGUGACAAAAUGACGGGGACCAGCAAAGGAUGCUGCUUCGUUACCUUCUUCACGAGGAAAGCCGCCCUCAGAGCCCAGGAUGCGUUGCACAACAUAAAGACGCUGGGAGGGAUGCAUCAUCCCAUUCAAAUGAAACCAGCAGACAGCGAAAAUAGAAAUGAACGCAAAUUGUUCGUCGGCAUGCUGUCGAAGAAAAUGUCAGAGUCCGAAGUUCGAGCGCUGUUUGGAGGACAUGGUUCCAUUGAAGAAUGCACUGUACUAAGGGACGCUCAAGGACAGAGCAAAGGAUGCGCCUUUGUCACGUUUACCAGUAAACAGUCAGCUAUAGGAGCUAUCAAAGCACUGAAUCAAAGCCAAACGAUGGAGGGCUGUUCCGCCCCACUUGUUGUUAAAUUCGCCGACACCCAAAAAGAGAAGGACCAAAAGCGUCUGCAACAAAUGCACGCUAGUUUAUGGAGUCUGGCGGCAGCCGGUGGUGCAACUGUCGGGGUGAAUGCAGCAACAGCAACGAACGGUACAGCUGGUGCGCCAGCUAUAUUACCUGCUUCAAACGCCGCAAUCGCUGGUCAUCCAACCAGACAGCUACAAUUGUUACAUGCCCAAACUGGAGCAGUCACUGCUGGUCAAACUGCGACAGCUGCUGGUACGCAACCAGCUGGAACUGAGGCAGCAGCUGGACUACAGCUUUUACAACAGUUGCAAGCUGUCGGCUUGCAGCAACAAUUGUUGCAAGGUAAUUUCGAUGGCUUAUCAACCCAACAAGACGGCAGCGCUGCCACCAGUCUGUUGGCGCCCAUGUCUGUGCAGAAUCUAGUGACGCUGGCGGCCAUGACGCAACCUGCACAACCAAACACUCCCGCCGCGACUUCACUUUGCAUUCUAGGGAACAGUGCCGGCAAAGGGUCUGGUGUUGAUAGUUUAUCGCCCGGUGCUCUGACCUCUUAUGCUGCUGCUCUGCCUCACACGCAAUUGUCGUUGCAGCAACUACAGGCUGUGGCGUCAAACUUGACGCAUCAUCAUUUGUCUACAACUCACCUGACUUCAGCAAAUUAUCUGACAGGUGCAGUGCAUCAUCAUCAGCAUGCUCAGCAGCAGCAACCUUAUCUUGGCUCAACGGCGACUUCCGUAGUUGGCGUUAAUUCGCCCAUUGGGAGUGCUGCAGCAGCAGCGGCUGGCAAACAGAUUGAAGGACCCGAAGGUGGCAAUCUUUUCAUCUACCACUUACCGCAAGAAUUCACGGAUACCGAUUUGGCGUCCACGUUUAUACCUUUUGGUCACGUUGUUUCCGCCAAAGUAUUCAUCGACAAACAGACGAAUCUGUCGAAAUGUUUUGGUUUCGUCUCCUAUGAUAAUGCGGCGAGCGCUCAGGCUGCCAUCCAGGCCAUGAAUGGGUUCCAAAUAGGAACCAAGCGUCUUAAGGUGCAGCUGAAGCGUUCAAAAGAAGCGUCCAGGCCUUAUUAAAAAGAUUUAAAAUUAUAAACACACACGCGCGACCACACUUAUGAAAAAAUGCAGACUGGCUGCUAAUUGUUUGCUCUGGUAAAUGACCAACUGAUACGUCUGGUACUUUUCUGAGUCAUCGUCACCUCAAAAUAAUUUGGUCAAGUCUCGAUUAAAAUUAUUGUACAUAUCCCUUUCAUGCAAUAUUUUUUUUCCAAAAUCCCAAUUACUGCUACUCUCGUAUACAUGGCGAGUUGUUUCGUAAUCAUUGUCGUGUAUUACCAAAAAUGACAUUUUAUAAAUCAAUUAAAAAAUCGCAAAUUUAAGAAAAAAUCCACCAAGUCAAACAACAAACAAAAAAUGAGUUGCCGUUUUGCCUAAAAAUAAUUUAUAUUAUCGGAAAUAGGAAUAUUUCUAAAUGCCGAUUUCAAAGAUUGUUCUAGUCUUCGCUAAUGAAUUGAUAAUGUAUAAAAGUAAUCUAAAAAUAAAAGGCAAACGGGUGUCGAAAAAGCAAUCAUUUGGUAUUAGAGAACUUAAAAUGCGUUCAUCUAUUUCAAGAUUCUUUGAAUUUACAUAUGAUUGCCAUUAAGGUUUUGACCAAAAAAAUAAUUGAUCCGCGAAUUACUACUCUUUUCAUAAUCACUGAUUACUUAUAUACGUGUAACGAUUUUUUGUAAGAAUGAUUACUAUGUACUUUUAAUUUUUUGUCAUAAUAUAUAAUUUAGAAA